AUGUUGAUAAAUGUCCUGUGGUGUGAGCAGAGGUUAGAGCGCCCCUACAGGCUGACCCCGGAACUGCAGCACGGCCGUGUGCUUCGGGAGAAGGAGGCGUGUGCAGCCGUGCCCCGCCGCGCCCCCACCCCCAGCGGCGCCGUCAUGUGGCAGGAGGCCCGCAAACACGAGCGCAAGCUCCGUGGCAUGAUGGUAGACUACAAGCGCCGCGGUGAGCGUCGGCGAGAGUACUACGAGAAGAUUAAAAAAGAUCCGGCCCAGUUUCUCCAGGUUCAUGGUCGAUCCUACAAGAUCAACCUGGAUCCUGCCGUUGCGCUGGCUGCAGAGAGCCCAGCAAAUAUGAUGCCAUGGCAAGGAGACGCCAACAACAUGAUCGACCGAUUUGAUGUCCGAGCUCACCUGGACUACAUCCCCACCUACACCCCCCCUCUGCUCAGCACAUCCACCCCAGAACAGGAGAUGGAGGAGAGGAAGUGUAACUAUGAACGCUAUCGAGGUUUAGUGCAGAAUGACUUUGCCACCAUCUCUGAGGAGCAGUGUUUAUACCAGAUCUACCUGGACGAGCUCUACGGUGGCCUGUCAAAACCAAAUGAGGAUGAGAAGAAAAAACUGGCAGAGAAGAGAGCCACUAUUGGCUACACCUAUGAGGACAGCACCGUGCCCGAGCCCGAUCCUCAGUCAGACAAAGAUGAAGAGAAUUCUGAGAACAGUGAAUCCGAAGAGGAUGAGGGCAUCCCUGAUAUUGAUGUAGAGGUUGAUGUCGACGAACUGAACCAGGAACAGCUGCUGGACCUAAACAAAAUGGCUACUCCAUAUGGAAUGGCUGAGGGCGACUUUGUUAGGAUGUUGAAGAAAGACAAGGAGGAAGUGGAAGCCAUUAAACACGCCAAAGCCCUGGAGGCAGAGAAGGCCAUGUACUCUGGCCGUCGCUCACGCAGACAGAGGAGAGAGUUCAGAGAGAAGAGGCUGAAAGGCAGACAGAUUAGUCCACCCAGCUAUGCCAGAAGAGACAGUCCCACGUACGACCCUUACAAACGGCCAGAAUCGGAAUCCAGCUCUGAAUCGCGCUCACGGUCUCGCUCCCCGGCCCCGGAGAAGAUCACCUUCAUCACCAGCUUCGGAGGCAGCGACGAUGAAUCGGCGGCGGCGGCGGCGGCAGCGGCGGCAGCAGCAGCUCAGACCGCCGCCCCUCACGCUGGCCACGCCCCCUCCAGCUUGCAGCACUCUGCAGGUCAUAGCAGGGGCUCCCGGAGGCGAAGGUCAUCCUCCAGUCGCUCCCCUUCCUCCUCCUCCUCCUCCUCGUCCUCCUCCUCUCGCUCCUCGUCUCGGUCUUCCUCUCGCUCGUCUUCCCGUUCACGGCGGAGCCGGCGAGGACGUGGGAGGAGAGACGGGCGCCGCUCCCGGAGCCGCUCCCGGUCGCGGCGGCGUUCCAGGUCCUACUCCAGAGGCAGAGGAGGAAACGGGACUGGCUCCUGGAGGAGGCGGGACCGCACCAGAUCGCGAUCUAACGACCGAGAGAGGGACAGAGGGAGAGACCGGGACCGAGACAAAGAUCGGGACAGGGACAGGAGACGAUAUUCGGCACGCAGGAGAACGAGGUCUCGGUCCAGCUCAAGGCAAGGCGGCAGUACAAGGCGAGGGGGUCGGAGCAGUGGAGGCCAUCGUCGGGGGGACAGCAGUAGUCGCAGUCCCUAUGAGUCACCCAGCCAUUCGGCCCACAGCCCCUCCCCAGCUCACAAAGGGUCCCAGCCUUCUGCCACCACCAUCUCUGACAAGCUGAGAAAGCCUGACACUGCGGGUGGUAAAGAGACGGGAGCUGCCAAACCCAAGAUGACCCCCCAGGAGAAGCUCAAGAUGCGCAUGCAGAAGGCGCUCAACAAGCAGUCCAAGGCGGAUAAGAAAGCUGCCGCGGUGAAGAUCCAGCAGCAGGAGCACAAACGGCAGGAGCGAGAAGGAGAGCUGCGAGCCAUGGCACGCAAGAUCCGCAUGAAGGAACGUGAGCGGCGUGAGAAAGAAAGGGACGAGUGGGAAAGACAGUAUGGACGACAGAGUCACUCACCUUCUCCCUCCAAAUAUGGCCGAGAAUCCAACUCAUACAAAAGAAGGUCCCGUUCCCGAUCACGGUCGAGGAGUCCAUAUUACAAAUACUGAACUGGACGGUGGGACAUGGGAGGCUUCCUACUGAACCUUCCAUUCUUCAGCUGGUUGUUGGCCCACAUACUGCCCAGCGGCUCAGGCUCUUACGCAUAAAUAUGACGAAAUGUCGUGACAGGCUGUUGGUUAAUUUAAUAACCGAGAAACCUGCACUCAAACUCAUCCGUUCUCUUGCACUGCUCACAUACGCAGCCCGUGAAACACUGACUGACCUGUUCAAUUUACUGACAGAUUUUCUUUUUCUUUUUUUUUUUUUUACCAAACUUGAGUUUGAUCUGCCCUUUAAAUUUUUAAAAAGAGUAAGCAUUUGCUUCA